ACUUAAGAAAACAUGAAGCUCAGAGAGGUCACACAUCACUUGAGUGAUACAGCCAGGAUUCAAAAUCAGAUCUGAUCUACUCCAAAGCUUGAGACUACCCACCAGCCUAGAACAGCCUUCUGAGAGUCAGUUCCUUAAUAAAACCAGGAUUCUUGGAUGAGCAAAGGGGUUUCUAAGCCAUUUUAGCAAGCAGAAGUUUUAAACUAUUAAAUGGAAUCCCCACAUGCAAAAGUCUACCUAAAGGUACCAGAAUUUACCCCUCUGUGUCCUCUCUACCCCCAGCACCCCCACAUGUGCAGGCACUCCAUGGCCCUGGCCAAUCUCACCUCCACCCCAGAAUUCCUCCUCCUUGGCCUAAUGGAUGGAACAGACAUCCAUCCACUGUUGUUCCUGCUCUUCCUUGGGGUCUACCUGAUCAAUGCCCUGGGCAACCUGAGCAUGGUGGUGGUGGUGAGGUCCGACGGGGCCCUCCGCUCCCCCAUGUAUUACUUCUUGGGCCACCUGAGCCUCGUGGACGUCUGCUUUACCACAGUCACAGUCCCCAGACUGCUGGCCAGCCUGCUCCACCCAGGUCAGGCUGUGUCAUUCCAGGGAUGCUUUGCCCAGAUGUACUUCUUCGUGGCUCUGGGCAUCACCGAGAGCUACCUGCUGGCAGCCAUGUCCUAUGACCGUGCAGUGGCCGUCUGCCGCCCCUUGCACUAUGGCUCGGUCAUGACGCCCUGGCGCUGCGCGGCGCUGGUGGGGGCAUCCUGGGCGGUGGCCCACCUGCACUCACUGCUGCACACAGUGCUCAUCUCCAAGCUCUCCUACCCGUGCUCUGCCCCCGUGCCCCACUUCUUCUGUGACAUGACCGUGAUGCUGAGCUUGGCGACCUCGGACACGUCCACCGCGGAGACUGCCAUCUUCUCUGAGGGCCUGGCCGUGGUGCUGACCCCGAUGCUCCUCGUGUCCCUAUCCUACGCGCGCAUCCUGGUCACUGUGCUGGGAGUGCGGUCUGCAGGGGGCCGGCGCCGCACCUUCUCCACCUGCGGAGCCCACUUGGUGGUGGUGUCGCUUUUCUUUGGCUCCGUCCUUUCUGUCUAUUUCCGGCCGUCAUCUGCCUACUCUGCCCGCUACGACCGCCUGGCCAGCGUGGUCUAUGCCGUAGUCACACCGACCCUGAACCCUUUCAUCUACAGCCUCCGCAACAAAGAAGUUAAGGGCUCCCUAAAAAAGGGGCUCCGAUGGAGGGCGGCGCUCCAAGAGGUGUGAGGGCAGGUCUGGAUUAACUGGCAUUUCAAUACAAUUACAAAAGAACUCUC